CAGAGAUGGGCCAGUGCUGAAAGUGUGUGGGCUAGGCAAGAAGUACAACCGCAAUAUGGUGGCUGUCCACGAAGUUAGUAUUCUAGUGGAGAAGGGGCAGUGUUUUGGCUUGUUGGGGGUUAACGGAGCUGGAAAAAACCACCACUUUCAAGAUGCUUACUGGCGAGGAAAUACCAACCGUGGGAACAGCAUCCAUAUUGUCUUAUGAUAUUGUCAAUAACAGAUUAAAGUAUUUGAAGGAGAUAGGCUACUGUCCCCAGUUUGAUGCCAUCAUCGAAGUGCUGACAGGGGAGGAAAUGUUGAGAUUGUAUGCAGGACUAAGGGGCAUAUCUCUCUACAGUAUGGAUAGUGAAGUCAGCAACUGGAUUAAUAUCAUGGGUCUGGAUGAGUUUGCUAAAGCGCAGUGUGGAACUUACAGUGGAGGCAACAAACGGAAGCUGAGUACCGCCAUGGCUCUAAUUGGGGACCCUUCGGUGGUAUUUCUUGAUGAGCCCACAGCAGGAGUGGAUCCAGUGUCAAGACGCAAACUAUGGGACGUUUUGGCCCAGUGCCAGCGGACAGGGCAAGCCAUCGUACUCACCUCUCAUAGCAUGGAGGAGUGUGAAGCUUUAUGCUCUAGGCUGACUAUACUGGUGGGAGGCCACAUGAAGUGUAUUGGAACAACUCAGUACUUAAAGCAGAAGUUCGGUCAGGGCUACACAAUCAUGAUAAAACUGAGUCCCACCUUCCCUGAUGCAGGCAGUGCUCUUCAUGCUCUCAAAGAAGCUGUUAACAGAACCUUCUCAAAUUGCUUCAUCAAGGAUGAACACAAAGGCCUGUUGCAUUAUCAUAUAGCAGAUAAUACAGUGCUUCUUUCUGUAUUGUUCUCAAAACUGGAAGACAUAAGGCAGACGCAUCCCUUGGUAGAAGAUUACACUGUUGGUGACACAACGCUAGAACAGGUCUUCAUGUCUUUUGCCAAACAGGUUCCUCCAACUAUAGUCAUAGAGCCUGUGGAUGUCUAAUUGAUACUGAGUUUACUUCACAAAAUUCCUUCAAUAUUAGGUCUCUGUACUGUACUUUAAGUAUAAAACAUAUGUGUUUGCUACUCAGUUGGGUGUUGUAGACUGUUUUUACUUUAAAGGGGCAUUCUGCCUGUUGUGUGAAUAGUUCCUAAAGACACAAUGUAUUAAUUAAAAAUUUGUCUCUUUAUAGAGAGUAAUGACAAUGACCUAAUUAGUCAAAGUUAUUUUAUUUUAUAUAUCUUAUUGUAACAUCAAUAUUGUGAAAGUAAUUCAUUUUAUACUUAGGGUGCUUGAAAAUUAAGUUUUACAGUUACAAUUUUUAUUUAAAAACAGAGAACAUGAUGUGAACAAUAGCCUUCAUUAUUAAUUUAUUGGAGCAUGAGUUAGUUUAUGAUUAAUAAGCCAAUUCGUCGAGCAUUAUUGAUUUUUGACUUUAGUGAUUAUGCCACUAUCAAUUCUAUAGAUUGUUAAUAACAUAAAUAACUUACCUUGACACAAUAUAAUGUUGCAUUCAUUGUAACCCCCAAGUGUUCCAUGGAUGACUCAACCACUGAUCUUUUGUUUCUUUAAUUAAUGAAAUAAAUGUUGUAGUUGGCACUUUAGGGGAUGUCUGUCCAAAGAUCUGUUAGCCAAGCAAAUACUAACUUCAUUACAUAAAGUCUAUUAUAAUUUAUCCACCCAACUUCAAAGUACUGAUGCCUGGGAAACAGUAAAGUUAUUACAAGUCAUUAAUUAUUUUUUCAAAAACCUUUUCAAAAUCUUAGGGAAGCCAUGGCACCUCCGGUGUGGAUCUACCACUGCUGGUUAUAGCACUGACCUUCCUCAAUGAUUGCAACAGGAGUUAUGUCAAAGUUAUUGAUUUUAUUGUAACAAAACAGAAAAAGUCACCUGGGUUAAGCAUGUCAAUUGUGAAAGAAAAAGGCAGUCAGUCAAUAGAGUGUGGACACAAAGUAUUUAUAUAAAUUAGUGGCUCAAAGACAACAGAUUUUACAGAGAUGCAAUUGAAAAACUUCUCCCAAGGUAAGAUAUGUGGCUUAAUAUAAAUGGCAAUUCUGUAUGUAGUAAAAUAGCUUAAGAAUAAUUUACAAUUUAAGUACAAUUCAAAAGUAUUUAAAGAAAUAGUAGCAAAUAUGUUCUUGACUGCAACUUAGAAAAUUAUCACUGAAAUAGUUAUUGCUAUUCCCCAUGGAAAUUACUUAUGUUUUGGCCUGUCAAAAUUGUUCAGACCUCUUGCAUCCAAUUGUUAAGCAACUACAAUUUGUUUUUGGUUUUUUUGUGGUUUGAAAGAUCUUUAUUUAUAAAAUGAUGUCUAGAGUUAAUUGGUUUCAGUAUUAUUAAACUAUAAUGUAUUAACAUCUACUAUCCUUAUUUACUUAAAGUUAUAAAUGUAUUGUAGUUAUACCAAAUAGCUGAUAUAUGUGCUAAUUGUUAGGAUUUAAUCACUUUAAUCUAAUGUUAAGAUAAAAAUAAUUAGUUUAUGUAUGAAUAAUUUAUAGCGAUGUACCAAAUUAUGUGUAACAAUGUAUUAGAUGAGCCAGUAGAAAUUUUAAACUAGCUGUCUUCAAUCAAAGUGCCUACUGCAGUUACUUGAUUUGCAAAUCAAGUGUUGUUAUACAUGAAUAUUACAUAGCUUGUUGACUGUUUCAUUUUUGCCUCUGCUCUUUUCAUAUACAGUAGUUCAAAAAGAUAAAGUGCCUAAGAAAGUACCUAAUUUUUGCUACAGCUGCUAUACAAAUUUUACUUUUCGUGCUACUUAAACUAUGGUGAGACAAGAAACAAACAGAAGUGUGUGGGGAGUAACUGUUGUUCUCUGCAUUUCUUUUGUAUACGGAGUGAGAGUUGGAACCGUGAAUCGGACUGGAGGUGAUGUCACAUUAUUGCAAUACCCCUUACAAUUUUUAGAGGGAGCUUAUACAUGUCCAGAUCAGAAGUGUGUGUCAUAGCAUAGCAAGUGGAAAUGUUACUAUCAAACUAACAGUUGUUAUUGAAGUAUCAACAGAUAUAAACAUGAAUGUUAGAUUACAGGAAAAUGAGGAUGCCCUUCAGCAACAGGUAAAUGAGAAUGUUGUCUGCAUUCGAAAGGGUGGAGUACUCAGAUCUUGUUUGUUGUCUUUAAUUAACCAUUUAUUCCAAAACUACAUUUGUAAAUGUAGAAAUUUUAAAUUGGCACAUUACAUAUUCUCUGUAAAUUGUUGUAUUGUUACUUUAUUGUUCAUAUUUCAAACAUGACUAAGAUAUAACGUUAGACUACAGUGUAUAAUGCCUCGACUGUAAAUUAGCAACAGUAUUACUUAAGUAAUUUUUAAAUUACCUUAGAUUAAAUAUUUUUGUUACAAUUUGUGUUUUUUGUGAACUAAGGCUAUGGGACUAUGGAUAGACAUGUUAACCUGUGAUAGAAAGGAUGAUGUAGUAGCAUUAAGAUGACUCUUACCUGUAUUCUAAUAAUUUAUUAUUUUUCAAGAUUAUUGAAAACUUCUUCUUUAAUAGACCUCUUAGGAAAUCCUUAAAAAAUUAUUCUACAUCUUAAGAAAUAAGAAUACAAUUAUUGUAAAAUUAUGACUGCCAUGGAUGUAAUGCUAUUUAUUUUGCUCAGUGCCACAUCUUAUUUUUUUGUAUAGCCCAAUUAGUUAUAUUUUUUUUAUACUUCAAACAUUUCAGACCCAAACUAAGACUAUGCAGAAAUAUAUUGUAUCCCAUAAUUGUUCGUAUUAAUAAUUUCAUGUGGUUCAAUUUAUGAAAGUGAAACCCUGCAUAUUGACAUUAAAACACAUUGCUACUAUAAUGUUUUAACUACUAAAAUAGAGUGUAAAAAUUGUAUAGUUUUUAUAUUACAAGAAAAGAAUCGUUAAGAACUAGAUUUCCCAACACUCAUAGAAAUAAGGCUAUAUAAAUUUUGUACAUCAGUGAUUUGAUCAAUGAUUAUUACUUUUCAUUAUAGCUUCAUAAACAAUUUCACUAAGCAGGUGGAGAACCAAUAUCUGCAUCUAAGUUACGUUUUAGGUAAGUCGACAAACAUAACUUUGUUUAAAUAUAGACCAUAUAAAAUUUACUAGGCUUCUCUGGAACUUUAUCGUAUUCUACAUGUGAUGUAGAAAGUGAGGACUUCUUCUCAGAAGAGUGCAUUUUAGAUUCAGCAAAAUUGUUAUCAACUUUAAAAUAUUGAAUAUUGUAGUACAUUAACUUUCCCACUAGGUAGCCAACAUUAAUUUGAUCAAUGGUAUUAACUUUUCAAAGUCAAAAGGAACUAAAAUAUAUCACUGAAACAGACACAGUCAAUACUGAAAAAUUUUAAAAUGGUUUUUGAUAAACAACAUUUUUGAUCAUUAAUACUCAAACUUUUAUCACUCAAACUAGUAUUAGUAGUAGUAAAAUUUAAUUACAUUUUUAAGUAUAAAAUUUGCGUUAAUUUUAUGUUCUUAAACUAUUUAUAAUUUUAUACUUUAAUACUUAUUAUGUGUUAAAUCUAAAUUGAAUUCUUUCGACACAAGGUAUUUUUUUCUUUACACAACACAAUAUUGAAUGAUAAUAAGAUUCAUUGAUAAAAUCCUCGUAUUCAAAAUCUUGUUUAUCUAAGGCAAUUCCUUACAGGAUGGAGUUCUUCUUCUUCUAUGGGGCGGCCUAUUGCCAUGCACCUAAGUCUCAAGGGCCUUUGGCACACCCUGAAAGCACACAAUGAGGAAUUCACCACUCUUGUUCAAACUUCCAAAGAUGGCAUACUGCUCCCUUACUAUUGCAUGACAAUCAAAGAGCAGGUGUUCACCAGAUUUCUCCUAUUCAUCACACAUUUUACAGAGCGGAUACUCCUUAAGGAUGCCAACUCUGUGAAGAUGCUUCCUCAGGUGACCAUGUCCUGUAAUCAGAUCUAUAACCCAAGAAGUCAUCGAUCUAUUUAAUGAGAGAAGGUCAGACACCACCCUGGAGGAAGGUGGUGACUGUAGUACCAUUCUGCUCAUUCUCAUACCUGGACGCAACCUCCACCUUCUCUCAUGUUUAGCAUGAACCCAUUUCGAGACAGCCCCAAAGUAUUCACACCUAUAUUACCUUUAUGUGGUAUUUUUUCUGAAAUACCAUAGAAUGGUUGAGGACCUAUCAUAAUUGACGCUGAGCCCAGGGUAUCAGCUCUUUCAUUCCCAAGGGAUCCCCUCAGGAUGGAGUUAUCAUAUACACGACAUUUUAUCCCUCGUUCGGUUGUGGGUGAUAGCCACCAAAUGAGAAGCACGAUGUGUCGACAGUGCUUAGUUAAUCUAUCACAUAUUAAUCAUUUCUUUUUGUGUCCAAGAGUUAAUGAUCCUCCUCAUAUAUUCAGGGUGACCAUUAAGUCUUAAGGUGACUUUAUAAUUUUAAACAAUAAGAGAUAUCACAAACAAAUUCGGUAACCGUUACCGGUAAUAGUAAACUAAAUUUUGUGUACAUGGUGAUCAGAUGUCACCUUUGGAGGGCCUCUGGUGUAAGUAGAAAAUCUUUAAUACGAGCCUAUGUGAGCUGUACAUCAUUUUAAAGGUUUGAUCCAAAAGGUUGAUCCAGUCAAAAGAAAUCACAGUUUAAAGUUUAAAAAAUGUUUAAUACAUUGUACAUAAGAAAGAAAGAACUAAUAUGUACUGUACCUGUUACAAGUUGAAGGGAAUACUUAUUGAGUUAAUUAAUUUAAAGUAGGUGUUCAAAGUGUUCUUCUUCAAAUAUUGUUUGUUUUGUUGUAAUAGCUUUGUUGAAAUGCAUCGUAGAAUUGAGGAAACUCAUCAGAAUGUGUGUUCAUCACAUCUCAUAUUCAUCUGGGCUGCAAGCUCAUCAAACACUAUUGCGUACUGUAUAUGUAGUACUGGGAUCAGGCCUUUUUUGGAGAAGAUGAAAGAGUAAUCAAGCUUAUAAUCAGAAAAUUAAGUUUUAUAUAAUUCUAAAAGAACCAGUGUUUUGUAAUAAGUACUGCUGAUCAUUUUUACAGUUUUUGAUGGAUGAGUAUAUAAAACAACAGUAUUUUGUUUUUUUAUUUAGGUUUUAAUUCAGUACAAUCAUAAUGUAUGUCCAAACUACUUAAUGCAUUCAUACUGGAUUAGGAAGUGUAAAAAGAGUUCGCUAUAAAUCCAUGAACCACAGCUGAGGUGUUGUGCCUGAUAAUGGAAGGGGAAACAUUUGUUAAUUAAACCUAGAAAUGCCAUAGAACAAAGUCUCACAGAUGUUGAAGUACUGAGUGAAAGAAAAUGGUUUAUCUUGAUGGCAGUCACUGAAAUAUGUUUAUUUUUGAUGCCUUUAAUAAGAUUUUUGUUUCUUUUAAAAGUAUAUUAAUAUGUUAACAGAAUUCAUGAAAAACAAAGUUGAAUUAAUUCUAAUUAUUUGAAGCAAUUUGAACUAUCCUUUAAAAAUAAUAUUGUGUGAUUUCAGGUAAAGUUUGUAUAUAACAUUAUGAGCAUCCAUAUUGCAAGAUGGAAAUAAUUUAACUUUAUUGGUAAUAGUAAAAUGUUAAGUAAGGGCUAAUAUUACUUUGUCUUUCAUUGUUGUAUUUAUAAUUGACUGUAAUUUUAAAUUUAGUUAAAAUUUAUUUUUGAAUAUAUGAAUUAAACCUUCCAAAGGAAAA